AUGCAGGACCUCGUUCGUGAAACCAUCUUUGGACGAAUCGUGCAUCUUGUGUCUGGAGGAAAGCUAUUUCCUCCGGCAGAGCAAAGAGAUCCUUCGAGGCUCCAGAGAUACAUCGUGCCCAAGUCGGCCUCUACCUCAGAAACAUCCGUCUCUGGAUCUUCUAAUGUCCCUCUUGUCGAGAAGCGCAACCCGGAGAAGGGCAAUGAUUAUGAACUCGUCGAUUGGCUCGAGAACGACUCAGAGAAUCCCAGAAAUUGGUCCACCACCAAGAAAGUCUUCGUCACUUUCCAGAUCUGCUUCUUAACAAUAGCCGUCUACAUCGGUUCAGCAAUCUACACGGCAGGCCUUCAAGGAGUGAUGCAACAGUUUGGCGUCAGCGACGUAGCAGCUCUUCUUGGCCUUACAUUGUUCGUCUUGGGCUAUGCCCUCGGACCUAUGGUUUUGGCCCCAAUGUCUGAGAUGCCCUUCUUCGGUCGCAGUCCCAUCUACAUCAUCACCCUAGUACUCUUUGUUGUCCUUCAGUUAGGCGUCAUAUAUGCCAAGAAUUUUGGGAUGCUCCUAGCAUUCCGAUUUAUCACCGGCUUCAUCGGCAGUCCUGUCCUUGCCACUGGUGGCGCCACAAUCGCGGACAUGUAUGCUCCCAAGAAACAAGCAUACGGCAUCUCGAUUUGGGGUAUCGCAGCUGUUUGUGGUCCUGCCCUCGGGCCUGUUGUGGGUGGUUUCGCUGCCGAAAGUAAAGGCUGGCAGUGGACAAUUUGGGAGUUGAUGUGGCUCUCAGGUGCCUGCCUUAUCUUCCUCAUCUUCUUUCUACCCGAGACAAGCUCCAGUAACAUCCUCUACCGCCGUACGAUGCGUUACCGCAAAUUGACAGGCAACCCAAAUCUCAAAUGCGAAGCUGAAAUCGAAGCCGAAGGUAUGAGCAGCAACGAAAUCGUCCAAAUGAUCCUCAUUCGGCCUUUCACCCUCAGCUUCACAGAACCUAUCGUCUUCGUCCUGAACCUCUACAUAGCCCUUAUCUAUGCUCUCCUCUAUCUCUGGUUCGAGUCCUUCCCUAUCGUGUUCAUCGGCAUAUACCACUUUUCGCUCGGGACAUUAGGUCUCGCCUUUCUCGGAAUCUUGGUUGGCGCAUUGGUCACACUUCCUCCGUUCUUCUGGUACCUUCACAAAUACCAGGAGCCUCUUUUCAAUGAAAACGGCGAUAUCAAACCUGAGCAUCGACUUACUCCUGCCCUCGUCGGCGCCUUUUUUAUACCAAUUUGUCUCUUCUGGUUUGGCUGGUCCGCUCGUACUUCAGUUCAUUGGAUCAUGCCUAUCAUUGGGAGUUCGUUCUUCUCCAUCGGCGCAUUUUGCCUCUUCAUCUCCGUCCUAUCAUAUCUGGGCGAUGCCUAUCCGAAAUAUGUCGCCUCUGUUUACGCAGGAAAUGACCUCGUUAGAUCAGCGUUCGGAGCCUGCUUCCCAUUGUUUGCGAAUGCCAUGUUUAGACGUCUUGGUCUGGGUUGGGCGAGCAGUCUUUUGGGAUUUUUGUCCAUUGUCUUCAUCCCUAUUCCCUUUGUGCUGUACUACUAUGGAGAGAGGAUUCGGGCCAAGAGUAAGAUGGCGAGACAUGAUUUGUAA